GCCAGCUGAAGGGGAACCCAGGCUGCUGCUCCGCCCAACAGCUACUUCCGCAGCGGCUCCGAUUGGCUCCGCAUCGAGAACUCCACUUCCCGCUUUUAUCGCGCUCUGCCUCGCCAUGGGCGCUCUGCUGCACGCGGAGCUGUUCGUGGCCGCCGCCGCCGAGUUCCAUCUCCAGCCGGGCGUCGUCGCCUGCAUCGUCCUCGCCGUCGCUGCUCUCUUCCACUCGGCGAUCCACUCCCUCACCUGCUUCGUCGCGAGCCGGCCAGCCCAACGCGAACCCGAGGUGCUGUUACGCCCAACCGCUACCGCCGCUUCAGCGCCGACCGGCUCGGCGUCGAGACUUCCACUUCACCAUUUCAUCGUGCUCUGCCUCGCCAUGGGUGCUGUGCUGCACCCGGAGCCGCUCGUGGCAGCCGCCGAGCAAAACCUCCACCCAGCCGUCUUCGUCUGCGUCGUCCUCGCUGUCGCCGCGCUCUUCCAGCGGGCAGUCCUCUACCUCAACUUCCUCGUCGCGCGCCGGGCAGCAGAAGGCAAGCCCAGUAUGCUGCUUCGCCCAACCGGUACCGGCGGAUCAGCGCAACCCGGCACCGCAUCGAGAUCUCCACUCCCCCCUUUCAUUGCGCUCUGCCUCGCCAUGAGCGCUCUGAUGCACUUGGAGCCGAUCGUGGACGCCACCGCCGAGCUCCAUCUCCACCCGGCCGUCGUCCCCUGCGUCGUCCUCGCCGUUGCGGCACUCUUCCACUGGACCAUGCUCUCACUCAACUUACUCGUCGCGCGACGUCGUUCAGCCGACCGCCAACCCAUGAUGCAUUUCCGCCCAACCGACCCCGCCGCCUCCGCAUUCCUCGUCCUCGCCGCCCUGAUGUCCUCGUCGUGGUCCGUCGAGCCAUUCGCGGCCGCCGCCACGGAGCUCGGGCUGCCCUCGGCCGCCGCCGUCGUCACCGUCGUGUUCUUCGCUGCUCUGUUCAAUGUCUCGAUCCACAUCUUCCGCUCCUUCUUUCUGCCCCGCCCGGCGCCCGGCGCCACCGAUGCCGCGGCGCAGUUGGAGGGGUUCAGGGCGAGCACCGUCGCCAUCGUGGGGAUGGGUGUCGCUGCCUGCCUUGUCGCGGGCCUCGCGGCAGGUGGAUCCGCUCGUGUGUACGCGGCAGCUCGUAGCUGAAUCCAGAAUAGGGUGUGUUUAUUGGAUUCGAAUUUGUGCCUUUUGUUUUGUUAUUUUCUCCUUUUUGUUUUGUGCUCGUCGUGCUAUACAUAGUAUUACAGUUGUGUAAAGUUACAUGUAUAUGGUCUCUUAUAUGUUUAAGUUUUAAAUCUGAAGCCACAGACGCUCCUCCCA